AUUAUGAAGCAAGUAUUAGUUGUUCUCCAGGACUCGACGAUUGCAUCGAAGAGUGGCAAGGACAGCCGUUCUCGUUUCUGGGGGGUAUAUAAGAGGGUCGCAGAGGAACACGACAACGAGUUCCUCGAGCGAUACACUACUGACAUGGACAUCGUCUUGAUCUUCUCUGGUCUUUUCUCUGCUGUCAGCACAUCUUUCAUCGUCGCGAUGGAGUCCAAUCUCAGUCCCGACCCCAGCGAUACCACAAAUGCCCUUUUGAAGCAACUCGUCCAGAUCGGACUCGGCAACUUUGCUCAAGUGGGCUCUACUCCAGCAGACCCAGCAUCUACAUGGUCGCCGAGCGACCCUAUGGGUUCAAACGAUCGCAUACGCAAGCUUGUCCAUGAGCUUGCUCGCUGCAUUCGGGGCCGUGUUGGGCAAGCAGUGGCUCGGGUACUACAAGUCGCACAGAUAUGGUCGCGGCUCGGAUGAAGAACGAAGCAAGCGCAGGCAAGAGAAGUUCGACGGCCUCAUGACAUGGUAUUUCGAUGCUGUCGUGCAAUCAUUUCCCGUCUUGCUUCAGAUCUCCCUCCUCCUCUUUGGGAUCGCCCUCGGAGCCCACAUAUGGAGCGAGCAGCCCAGCGUCGCCUGGGUGAUAAUUGCCACAAC